UCAAAUAAACUAAGAAUGGGGAAGAAAAUAAAAACAUCGAAUGCGAAGAUAUUGAUCACCUUGAAGAGCGGAGCUAUCAUUGUCAAAAUGUCAAUUUAUUUACAAAAGUUAAAAGAGUUCAGACAACUUAUUCAGCAUCAUGGCGGAAUCAAAGCAUCCUUUUUAACGCUAUAUAAAACUGAUGGCCUCAAAAUGGGCGAACUCAAGGGAGUGGAUGAGUUUGGAAACAGAUAUUAUGAAAACAAAAAGUUCUUCAUAGGUCGAAGUCGUUGGGUGGAGUUCACUGAUGCUGUAGGUGUGGAAUAUGAUGCAACGAUGAUUCCUCCUGAGUGGCGGUUGUGGCUGCAGUAUACCAGAGAGGAAAAUCCAGUGGAAAAAUCUACUGAACCCAAGAAAUGGUUCGGUCCUCAUGUCUAUAAUCGAACGGGCAAAUCGGAUCAAUACAUCCCCUACAGUACAACAAGACCUAAAAUUCAAGCAUGGGAACCCCCGAAAUAGAUACGCUUUUAUCUCUGUUGUGGAUUUGAAUGUGUGUUAACUUACUGGAAUAAACUUAUUGCUGGACAUAAAUGAACAUUGAUAUUCAAUUGGCCCUCUUCAAUAGGUACAAUACAAGCGUCAUGUGUGUGUUGAGUUUAUAAAUGACUUCUUAAACUGUCAAAAAAAAUCAAAUAAAAUGAACAUUGUUGGUAGAUUUAAUGUUUAAAUGAUGAUCCUUGUUGUUUUGUUCAAAUUAAUUUUUAAUGUUUAUGGCCUUUUUAAGAUUGAGCAGAGAAAAAUUAGAAGAAAAGUUAGCUAGUUACUAUUUAAAUAAAGCUUGGCAUGAACAUACUGAUCAAGUUAGUAUCUACUUAUGAAACGAAAGAUUGCAACAACUUCAACAUUUCAAACGUACACAAUGAAAAUUGCUUCACUGUACAAAGAUUUGAACAACUAUAUUAACUUUGUUAUUAUGUUUCCUCUAAUAAAUGGGGAGAUAUAUUGUUUUUA